AUUAUUGAAUAUUUAUAUUAAACUCAGGUCAGCUUGAAAUCGGAAUGUGAUAAUGCACUCAUAAUUAACCCUCACAAACCUCUCUGACUAUGUUUAGGUUAUUAAUAAGUGAAUCAUGGAGAAUUCUUCCAAUGGCCCAGACCAAAGUAGCAAAAACAGGAAAUCAAAAAACAUAAAUAUUUAUUUUUCAAAAACGAGGAAGAGGGUGAAAGCAAAGCCAACAAUUUUCAUCAAGGAUGAAUCCGGGACAGUAUUCAACACCCCCUCUAAGCCUAGCUCAAAAAUUCGACCAGCAAUGGCACUUGACUUCAACCAUGCUCCCAGGUUGGUCCUGAGGAACAACUUAAUUGAGACCUCUGAAGACACCACUUCGUUACCCAACAUCUCUUCGAAUGAGACAACAAUGUCAAAAAGGAAUCUGUCCAAGCUUAAGAUUGGCAAAGGGAAAAGUAAAUAAGAUGCCCUUAUUAGGCACUGAAAAGUCCAAGCGCAAUUUUUAUGACAAAUUCAUGAAUUUCAAGCAAAUUGAUAUCCAAAAUCAGCUCCAAAAGCUUGAUGAAGAGAGGAUCAAAUUAUCCCAGCAAUCUAGGCAAUCAAGGAAGUCUCGCAAUCAAGGCAGGAAUCAUCAUCUCAAUGGAGUCAAAAGUUAUGAAGAUAACAUAAAUGUUGGGAAAUAUAAGGGUGCAUUGAACAGCCAGAUCAGGUCAACAGAUCUUCUGUUGCCAGAUGUACCUGCUCCUAGGCAUGUUCAGAGCCCAAAAGGCCAUAUUUCGUCACUAAUAAAAGAGGGCUCAACUACGAAGAACCCUCAGAACACUUCUAUCUACAACAUUUUCCGGCGGAGCAAGCACAAAUUGUACGAGCUAGAUCAGGAAAGAUCUAAAGGCCUAGCCAAAGAGCCGGAGAGGAACCCAAACCGGAUAAAGAUAGACAAGCACAGUCUGUUUGAGAAGUUUAAAAAGAACCAGAAGAGAUUUGAUAAAUAAACUUCUUCCCUCUGUUGUUAACCAGGUGUAGCACUUUAAGCCAUUUUCAAUUAA